UGCAAGGCAUGCCUCUGAGAAGCCUGCAGCCUAUCCAGACCGACCGGACCAGUUUGGACUCUACUUCCCAUUUACAACUCUCCAUAUGUUCUCCGCCGCCGAGAUGCAGCUCAGCUUUGAUUUGAGGGCAAUUUAGUAAACACCCAGGAGCUGCUUCUGUUUUGCUUUUAUUUUACAUUUCUUUUAAUAUUUUGCAACCCCAAACUCCAAAUGCUUCGCCUGCCAGUCUCGCUUUGCAUGUGGCUAUAUCCGGUGGUUCCAGUUUGCGUGCAGGUGCUUUAGGAGAAAAGGUUGCACAGGGGCUUUUUUUUUUUUUUUUAAAUCAGGCUAUUAUUUUUGUUUUUAAACUCCUCUUUAUCUCUUUGGAAGCUAAACCACAAAUUUUAUUUUCACAAUGGCCGAUGCGAACGGUGAAUGCAAUAUCAAGGUGUUAUGUCGAUUUCGUCCACUGAACCAGUCCGAAAUUAUCCGCGGAGAUAAGUUCAUCCCAAUAUUUCAAGGAGAAGACACUGUCAUCCUCGGGGGGAAGGCGUAUGUGUUUGACCGAGUCUUCCCAACUAACAGCACACAGGAGCAGGUCUACAGCACCUGUGCCAAGCAGAUAGUCAAAGAUGUACUGGGAGGAUACAAUGGGACUAUCUUUGCCUAUGGGCAGACUUCCUCAGGAAAGACACACACCAUGGAGGGGAACCUUCAUGAUCACCAGGGAAUGGGGAUAAUACCGCGGAUUGCUGAGGACAUUUUUGAACAUAUAUUUGCCAUGGAUGAGAAUCUUGAAUUCCACAUAAAGGUCUCCUACUUUGAGAUCUACAUGGAUAAAAUCCGGGACCUGCUGGACGUGACAAAGACGAAUCUGUCAGUGCACGAAGACAAACACAGAGUUCCUUAUGUGAAGGGCUGCACUGAGCGCUUUGUCACAAGUCCCGAGGAGGUGAUGGAUGUGAUAGAUGAGGGGAAGGCCAACCGUCACGUUGCUGUCACCAACAUGAACGAGCAUAGUUCCCGCAGUCACAGCAUCUUCCUCAUUAACAUCAAACAAGAAAACGUGGAGACUGAGCAGAAGCUGAGUGGGAAGUUAUAUCUGGUUGACCUAGCUGGCAGUGAGAAGGUCAGUAAGACAGGCGCCGAGGGAGCGGUGCUGGAUGAGGCUAAGAACAUCAACAAGUCUCUGUCGGCCCUGGGGAACGUCAUCUCAGCGCUGGCUGAAGGAACGAAAUCCCAUGUGCCAUACCGUGACAGUAAAAUGACUCGCAUCCUACAGGACUCGCUGGGCGGGAACUGCCGCACCACCAUGUUUAUCUGUUGCUCUCCCUCUAGCUACAACGAUACAGAGACCAAAUCCACCUUGAUGUUUGGCCAACGAGCCAAGACCAUUAGGAAUACUGUAUCAGUGAACCUGGAGCUCACAGCAGAGCAGUGGAAGAAGAAGUAUGAAAAGGAGAAGGAAAAGAACAGGUCAAUGAAGGAAACUAUUCAAAGACUCGAGGCAGAGCUGAAUUGCUGGAGGAACGGUGAGGAUGCUGCUGUGCCGGGGCAGCUGUGUGAAGGAUCUGAGGAUGCCCCCCUGGUUCUUCCAGAAUCUGAGGAGUCAGUUCUUGACGUAUGCAGCCCCUGCACUCCUUGCACCCCCUGCUCUAUUGCCUCCUCCAUUGUGGUUCACAUCUCUGAGGAGGAGAGGCAAAAGUACGAGGAGGAGAUUCGCAAGCUCUACAAACAGCUAGACGAUAAGGAUGACGAGAUCAACCACCAGAGCCAGAUGGUGGAGAAGCUGAAGGAGCAGAUGCUCGACCAGGAGGAGCUUCUCGCAUCGUCCAGAGGUGACAGUGAGAAGGUGCAGUCGGAGCUCGGCAGGCUGCAGGCCGAGAAUGAAUCCGCAAAGGCCGAAGUAAAAGAGGUUCUUCAGGCCCUGGAGGAGCUGGCGGUCAACUAUGACCAGAAAAGCUUAGAAGUCGAGGAGAAGAGCAUGCAGAACAAGCUCCUGGCUGAGGAGCUUUCAAAGAAAAUGGCUCAUCUCAUGGCUUUAGAGGCAGAGCUGUCCCGUAUCCAGGAAGUGAGCAGCCACCAAAGAAAACGCAUUGCUGAGAUUCUUAAUGGGCUCAUGAGGGACCUGAGUGAAUUUAGCACGAUCGUUGGAAACAAGGACAUCAAGUUGCCUGUGGAGAUCACCGGAGCGAUCGAGGAAGAGUUCACAGUGGCUCGCCUCUACAUUAAUAAGAUAAAGUCAGAGGUGAAGUCCAUGGUGAAGCGCUGUCGCCACCUGGAGAACCUACAAACCGAGUGUCACCGCAAGAUGGAGGAGACGGGCAGAGAACUGUCUUCAUGUCACCUUCUCAUUUCACAGCACGAAGUGAAGAUUCGCUCUCUAACAGAGUACAUGCAGAACGUGGAGCUGAGGAAGAGACAGCUGGAGGACAGCUAUGAUUCUCUGACUGCGGAGCUGGCUAAACUCCAAGCUCAAGAGAGCAUGUCACAAGUGACCAGGAGGGAGAAUCACACGUCUGCCCAGAACUCCUGUGAUAUAAAGAGGGCUCUGGAGCAGCAGAUGGAGUCACACCGUGAGGUGCACAGCAAACAACUGGGCCGCCUGCGAGACGAGAUCAAUGAGAAGCAAAAGAUCAUCGAUGACUUAACUGAUUGUAACCAGAGGCAGCAGCUGGAGCUAGAACAACUGCACAGUGACUUUGAACGUCUCAGAAGCCGAGAGCAUCACAAGAGCCGGCAGCUGGAGGAAUUGACAUUCCUCCAUGAACGACACGAACAAUCAAAACAGGAUCUGAAAGGCCUGGAGGAAACUGUUGCUCGUGAGCUCCACACCCUGCACAACCUCCGCAAGCUUUUCGUUCAAGACCUCACAACUCGAGUUAGAAAAAGUGCACAGAUGGAGCCUGAUGAUACUGGCGGAUACAUCACCCAGAAACAAAAGAUUUCCUUUCUUGAAAACAACCUGGACCAGCUUACAAAGGUCCACAAACAGCUGGUACGUGACAAUGCAGAUCUGCGCUGCGAGCUUCCAAAACUGGAGAAACGUCUUCGGUCUACAGCUGAGCGAGUUAAGGCGCUCGAGGGUGCGCUGAAGGAAGCAAAAGAAGGAGCCAUGAAGGACCGCCAUCGCUACCAACAGGAAGUGGAGCGAAUCAAAGAUGUGAUGAGGGCCCGCGCUCCCUUCCGCCGACCCCAUGCUGCGCUCAUCGCCAAGCCUGUACGUCCUGGCCACUACCCAGUCUGCUCUCCCUCCAACCCCUUCUUUAUCCGAGGCUUCAGCGAUCAGCCCAUUGCCUUCUGCAACGCUGUUUUCCACAACAGGAACCAAGCAGCCCCUGCUGCUGCUGCUGCUGCUACCUCUGCUCCUUCCUCUCCUAUAUCUGCUUCUCCUACUUCUCCCUCAACACCAGAGAGCGAGCCCAGGCUACCUGAGUCCAACUCCAAUCAGAACAGCCCUGCCAAACACCUCGACUUCCAAAAUAAUGAUGCACAUGACAGCAAUGUUCAAAACAAUAUGCCUCCGGCUGAAUCAGAAAGCCAAGCAGACAACGCUUCUGAAAUACUCGAUUCAGAAAACGGAAACACCACAGAUAUCAAUGACAACAGCAUGUGUCUGAAUGUGAAUUCUGUAUCCAGAACUGAUGUGUGUGACAAUCAGGACCCAGCUAAACUCUACAGUCUGCAGCCAGAGGCUUCAGCCAGCUAAUAGUCCUGAGCAGGCAGACGUUUUUUUCUGAGGCCUCUGUAAAUCUGCAUGCAGCUGAUCACUGUCCUCCCAGACUCCCCUUCCUCUCGCAUCCUCCUCACCUGCUGUAAACAGACCUCCUGUGUCUUUUUUAGGCACCCUGCUUGUUUUCUUCCAUCCUUUCUCGUUUCUGUAUUAUGACUUGUGGGGUGUAACAGUUUGACAAGCACUGCAUCUCAAAUGCCUGACCUGGCAACCUACACCUGUGAUGCUGCUGCACCCCCUCCCCCAUGACUUGAAAUAUGAAGGGACCACAAAUAGAAAGGUGAGGAAGAGAAAGUGCCGUGUGGUAGGUUUCCACUAGGUUGUGCUGUUUGUCUCAGUGAAAGACUCAGUGAGGGAUGUCGGCAUUGAGCAUUAUGAUUAUUAUUAGAACUAUCAUCAGUGUCAUUGAUAAACAUAUGGAAAAUCUAAAAGACAAAAAAUACUAACAACAUGAAAACAGUUUGAUCCUUGUGAUCACUUUUCUGAUAUUUAUACUUUUCACUGCAUGUUGAUUUUCAAUGUUGGUUGUCAGCAUUUUUCAAAAAAUGUGUAUUAAAGAGGAAGAACACUAGUGAAGCAACAAUAAACAUGUUAAAGUCCCAAAACCAGAAUAGAAGAUAAGCAUCGAGAUGUGUGCGCUGUUAGUACCAAAUCUCAUUAGAAGAACAACAGCCAACAAUGCUCCAAGCUGUCUAUCAGAAAUCUGUGACCUCAGCAGCCUGUCUGUGGCUCUCAGUAAACAGUCAAAAACAGGUCGUGCCUAUAUUGUGUCAUUUUUCAAAGUGAGUUUCAAAGUAAUUCCCCCAAAAUGUUUGAGGACUGCUCUUUUUAGCAAAUGUUAGUCAGUGUACUUGUUAAGGACUAUGUUCAGUCAUGGAUAUAAACACAUUUGGUGCUCCGGUGAGCAUUUACCGCAGCAGGAUGAUGUAUGCAGGACUUACUAAAAAUACUCCACGGUUCAUAGUGAUCAGGAAAAAUGUUAGAAAAGUGUGAGAGUGUGGCUCAGUGAUGAGUUUUUGCACAGCACAUAGCCUGAGAGAAAGAUAUGAGUAUUCGUAGUAAAUCUACCGACGCCAGCAAACUACACUCACUGGCCACUUUAUUAGAUAUACCUGUGCAACUGCUCAUUAAACUAAUGCAAUGAAGCAUCGAGGCAGUUCUUCAGGCAAAAGUGGACCUAACAAAGUGUCCCUUGAGUUUAAAAUACUCAUAUACACAUAUACUGUGGAUGAUAGUUGGCCAGGGCUUAAUAUAGACAAUAAACGUAUGAGACUCCAUAAGACUCUUUAAGGCACAAGUUUGUGCUUUAUCAGCCUCAGAGGACACAUUGUAGCAAGUUUUAGCUGUGAGCAGAAAGCAAAGACAAAAGCAAAUGAAGACAGAUUGUUUUGUAAAGACUCAUCGUGUAGUUGUAAAGGCAACUUUACGCUGUAAAUUAUCCCUUAAAACUGCCUGUCAGGGAUUGUGCGUGAAAUAUUUAGUCACUGUCAUGUUAUGCAAGAGCAUGGCAGAGUGGAAAAAGUGUGUAGCAACUAUUUUUAUACUAGCUGGAAAGAAAUAUAUUAUUUAUUGUUUGCUCUACUUCAAAUAUUUACUGGCUGUUUAUCUCUAAUUUAUAACGGUUUUCGAGUGAAGCAUUAUCAUUUUGUUUUGAUGUGCAACUGUAUUAUUUUUAUAGUCCCUGUAGUGAAUCAUAAAGAUUUGAGAUUUCUGCAGUUUUGUGUGAGAGCCGCCGUUCCAAGAAACGUUUAACAAAAUGACUAAUCUUACGGUUCUUUGCUGAACCACCUCAGAGUGAAACCAAAGCCCCGACUGUAGUGAGUCACUUAAAUAGGAUCUUAUUCUGUGCGAGCUCUAAGCUCUGCUGGAGACAUGAAGCAAGGGUUACUCCAGGUUAUCAAGAGCUGAUACAAUCCUGUCUUAUCCUGCUGACUCACACACACACAUGCGCACAUGGAUGUAGCACCUCAUGAGCCAGUGAGAUAUUUGACCUUUGACCCCUAAGUACAGAUAAUGUAUCAGUCCUGUAUUGAUUGGGUGUAGUCUGAGUUCACUCGCACACUGACCGUCAGUAGCUCCUCGCCACCCGUCACAUUCACUCUGUGCACCUCCUGAUCAGACAGUCAGGAUGGAAGGGUCAAGGGUGACAGUGGACAUUGAGCUUUGCGUGUUUGUGUGCAGAUAAAAGCUGCCUCUCAUUAGCAGAGUUUUGCACCUGCUUCUAACCAAAAUGGACCAGUAAUGUGUAUCAAAGCAGUCUACAGGUUAGUGUGCAUGAACAACAUAUUUGUCUUUAAGUGGACGAAGGAAGGAGUUUUAUUUUCUGAAGUGCACAACAGUGUGGCCGUGUUGCAGACAUACACACUUCCUGUGCUGUGUGGUUGCUCAGAUACGUCUACUUCACCCUGUAAUAGUGUUUUUCUACAAUGUUAUAACAAACAUAGACUGUAUAUAAAAGAUGGACAUAGUCACCACAUCACCCAGUGGUUUGUAAAGUUCUGCCAUGAAGUCUUGAACUGAGCUUGUUGGCCUUCUCUGUGUUUUUGCUCGUAGUCUGGUUUCAAGAGUUGAUGCCCCUGCUCUAAAGUAUCCCCAGCUUUCUCUUUCUUUUUGAUUCUAAUCAGAACUAUAAUUGAUAAAAUGAACAACAUAUCGUAUUUGAUAAGAACUGAAGCUAACCAAUAAGAGUUAUCAGGAAAGUGUUUACUGAGGUAAUGGAGGGAGGGAACUGAGGGUCACUUUCACAUCUGACAUUUUAUUGAACCCUGAGGAGUCAGACAGACUGCAGGUUUGAUCCACUCCGGCUUCACUUUUCAGACUCUGCAGCUAUGUCCUCCUUUCAUAUUCAGUAUAUGAUGAAAAACAUAAGGAUUUAUCUACGUGAUAUGGUUUAGUACCAUUACCUAACCUGCUUAUGCUUUAAUGGGGCAGGCGGGUGGGGUGUGGUGCUAAGGUUACCAGUCAACACACAGAGACGGGCUCACAUCCACACCUUUAGACAAUUAGGUCACCAAUUAACCCAGCUUAUGGAUGUCUUUUAAUAUCCUAAUUUUAACUAACUGGCACCAUAAAGUAUUUAAUUACUAUACUACUAUAUUUUUUACGGUUGUCCCUCUUCAGCACAAAGAUGUUACUUGUAACAGAUAAUUAUUAUUACAGGACUGAGGUUGAGUGAAAUGUGUGUAGCAUUCUAAUUAUUAUUACAUCCCUUUAAUUGCCCUUUAAAUCUGAGUAUUUUUUCAUCAUCUGUCUUUUUAAAAGGUAAUAAAAGGCCACUGAACUUUUGAAGUUGUGUGUGUUUACAUAACCUAUAGAAACCGCGAGCUGAAAACAGCCUCCUGCACUGUGGUUGCUCAUCAAACUGGGAGUGUCUGCGUUUAUUUUAUUUUUAAAAAACAAUUGUUCUGUUUGUCUUAAAGUAAUUGUAACAAAUCUAAAAAAAAUAUUCCGACAAGAUCAAAGAAUUGUGAUACUGUAUCCUGACCAUGCAGAAAGAGAACUGCAGGAAUGGCCGAGCGGUUAAAAAAAGACAGAGGCGAA